AUGGGUGUGCUUCAAAAGGUCAAGCGGGUGGUGCAGCUGCAGCAGGGAGAUAACGACAUCCCCCCCGACAGGUGGCAGAACUGCGAUCUCGUCCCUCUGCCGCCGGACCGAAGGCAGUGGGCGGACUUUGACUUUGUCAAUCUAUGGAGCACCGUCUUUCUCACCAUCUAUGGAUGGCAGGCUACGUCGUCGCUGCUCUCCUUUGGGCUUAAUGUCUGGCAGGCUAUUGUCUGUACGAUCAUUGCUCGCGUGUUGCAGAUUGGUGGUGUAUGGCACAUUUCAUUCACCAUCCAAGCGCGGUACACGUUUGGCAUUUGGGGGUCGGUGCUGCCCAUUGUGCUUCGUGUCGGGGUGACCUGCGUGUGGUACGGAGUCCAGUCCUUCACUGGCGGCCUCCUCGUCAGCGCCAUUCUCUCCACCAUCUUCCCGACCUACCAGAACCUCCCCAACACCCUCCCUGCCUCCGCCUCGAUGACCACAAAGCAAUUCACCGGCUUCAUCAUCUACAACAUCAUCGCUCUCCCUCUUCUAUAUCUACCCCCCGACAAGCUGCGCCGCCCCCUCCGUAUCGCCAUAAUCGCCAGCACGCUCUCCAUCUUCGGCCUCUCCAUCGGCCUCAUGGCCGCCGCCAAGGGCGCAGGCUCGUACAUCUCCACCUCCGCAAGCGCAUCCCCAGGCCAUGACCUCGCCUGGGCUUUCAUCCGCGGAAUAACAACCCUCCUCGGCGGCAACGCCGUGGGCAUGACUAGCCAAACGGACUUUUCACGCUUCGCGCGCAACCCGCGGGCCCAGAUCAAGGGCCAGGCGUUUGGCGUCCUCUUCUUCGGAACCAUCGUCCCCGUCUUUGGAAUCCUGGGCACAUCCGCCGCGGGGAAACUCUACGGCGACGUGACGGAACUGGGUCUCUGGAAUCCACCGACGAUCGUGCAGGUGUGGCUGGAUCGCGAGUAUGACCGGCCUGCGAUGCGUGCCGCAGCGUUCUUUACGGCCUUGGGCCUGCUGCUUAAUGUUCUCGGCUUGAACUCUGUCGAGAAUGGGGUUUCGGGGGGCAUGGACUUUGCAGGGCUGGCGCCGAAAUACAUCAAUAUUCGGCGCGGGUCGUAUCUGAUUGCGGCGGUCUCGGUUGCGUUGAACCCGUGGUAUAUCAUUGCAAAGGCUGCCAGUUUUACGGCGGCCUUGAACAGUUUUGGGAUCAUCCUGGGCCCGCUGAUGGGCGUCUUCACAGCCGACUACUACCUCGUCCGCAGACAAAAAGUCAAAUUAAGCGACCUCUACCACCCGAGCCCCAGGGGGAUAUACUACUUUACGCGCGGGAUAAAUUUCCGAGCAUACGUCGCCUGGAUCCUAGGCUGGGCGCCGACAAUCGGCGGCAUGGCGAGUGUCGAUCCAGCCAAUUUCGUACCGCAGGGUCUUGUUGAAACGUAUUGGACGGGGUUUAUCACCGGGUAUGUGAUCUCCUUUCUGGCACAUUGGGGGCUGAGUGUGGCGUUUCCGCCGGUGGGGUUGGGGCAGGUUGAUGAGUAUGACUCGUUUGGCACGUUUACACCGGAGGAAGCUGCGAAGUUGGGGAUUGAGCCGAAUUCGGGCGAGAGGAGGAAUCCGGCGGUUGAUGGUGAACUGCAGUAUGAAAAGGACGUCGCCGUCGCCGUUGGGGAGCGGGCGAUCUAG